AUGUUAUAUAUCAAAAGACUACCUCUUCAGAGAACAAGAACUUCUCUUAACUUACUUACCAACCAUCGCUUUUUGUCCUCUCACCCACUACGACUUUCCAAAUCCGAUUUUGAUUUCCUCUUCAACGAUCUUGAUAAAUUUGAAAAAAAAAACAGUAAUUUAAACGCCAAUAAACUUGAUAAUGCCAUUGAUAACACCAUUGAAAAUACUGCCAAUCAUACUCAAAAUCUAAAAUCAAAUCAAAAUCAAAAUCAAAAUCAAAAUCAAAAUCAAAAUCAAAAUCAAAAUCAAAAUCAAAAUCAAAAUCAAAAUCAAAAUCAAAAUCAAAACGAAAGCUUAGACCUUGACGACAUAUUCUCUCAAUUAUCAAAUGAUUUAAAAUCUUCAAAAAAUAAUAACUAUAAAGCUUCUAAACAUACCGCCACCAACAAACCGAACCACGAUGACGACGAAUACGACCCCUUGUCAAUGCUAGACAAAAUCUCAAAUUUUCACAACAAGUCUACUUCAAAAAAUACCGAUUUCCCACAACCUUUAUCCUACAAAAAUUUCAAAUACGACAAUGAUGAAAAUGUCUCCUUCAAAGAAAGAAACCCCUUCAAAUCCUCAAAGAUAUCAAACAUAACUGACUUUUUCGAAAAAAACUUAUUCGAUAACGUCUUCUCAAACUCAGACUUCGAUCCCUUAUCUCCUUCUUUAUCUCCCGAUUCUUCAUCUUUAUCCCAAUCUUCUUCACAAAAGACAACCGAUAAUAAAAAAAUUAACGAAGAAUUUCAAGCCUUAUUCCAAAAGGCUUUCAUCGACAGUAAAAUAGCCCCUGCUUCUUCUCCCACUUCUAUCCUAAAAAGCGAUGAAGACUACAAAUUCCAUUCCCUAAAGAAAAAAUUAAAAGUCAGAAAAACUUAUUUAAAAACUUUGAAAUCUCAACUCCGGAAAAUUGCUGCUCUAAAUUCAGAAAUAAAUACCACCCUAUCCCCUUCCUUAAACUACAUUAAUACAAAAAUCAUUUCAAACUACGACAUGGUCGACUUCAUCCACAAUUACAUAAUAAAAUCUUAUAAUGAAAACAUCUCAAAUACUGAAAUUCAAAAUCUAGAUCUUGAAACAAUACACAAAAAAUCAAUUGAAAACCCUUCAUCUCCAAUUGUCAACAAUAAAACCUUAUCCUGUCUACUAAUCCAGUCCUUUAACUCCUUAUACCUAAAUUUCCCAAACAAAUACUCAAACUUUAAUGAUAUCAUAUCCAUUUACCAAAACUUGAAAAAGGACAAAAAAUACCUAUACCUAUUAUUAAAUGGCUGCUCAAUAGAUUUUUAUAAUUUGUUACUUCAAAUCUCCUGGGACACCUCAAAGGACAUCACCCUAAUUGAAUCCUUAAUUUGUGAUGUAUCCUUUAGCGGUUUAUCAUUCAACCAAAAUUCUUUAUCAAUCUUGAAAAAAAUUUACAAUGAAUCAAAAUCUAUAUUAUACACAAAUGAAAUUGAUAUAACAGACACUAAUCUAAAAAGAAUCGACAUUGAUUACUAUAACUAUGAAGCAAAUUUUGAAACUAAAGAUGGCCAAAGAAUCUUUCAUCAACCAAAAAACCAAUCCAUAUUUUGGAAUCCCUCUGAUUCAAGUGUUACCUAUGAACUUUUAAAAAUGAUAAGGAAACUUCAAACAGUCUUUGAUGCCAUUGAUGCAGUUAAACCAGAUACUAUAACCAAUGAAACACAACAACUAACUAUUUAA